AUAUUUUGGACCGCUAUAUUCAACAGACAGAAACACGUGGGGUCCUUUUCCUCCAUAGGUCUACACAACGUGAGGACCAUGCCGAAGUCAAAGAGAGACAAGAAAGUUUCACUAACAAAAACAGCCAAGAAGGGUCUGGAAACUAAACAGAACUUAAUAGAAGAGUUGCGGAAAUGUGUAGACAUUUACAAGCAUCUGUUCAUCUUCUCUGUGGCAAACAUGAGGAACAACAAACUGAAAGACAUCCGGACAUCCUGGAAACACAGUCGAUUCUUUUUUGGCAAAAACAAAGUCAUGAUGAUCGCUAUAGGUAAAGGACCAACAAGCGAGUACAAAGACAAUUUGCACAAGGUCAGCCGGUUUCUGAGGGGAGAAGUGGGUGUGUUAUUCACAAAUAAAACCAAGGAAGAGGUACAAGAGUAUUUCAGCCAGUUCAAAGAGAUGGAUUUUGCACGAGCAGGAAACAAGGCAGGGAUGGCCAUAACACUUGAUGAAGGACCCCUGGAACAGUUCCCUCACUCCAUGGAGCCACAGCUGAGACAGUUGGGACUCCCCACAGCACUCAAGAAAGGAGUGGUGACACUACUGAAAGACCAUGACGUGUGCAAAGAGGGAGACACACUAACCCCUGAACAGGCCCGUAUUCUGAAACUCUUUGGGAUUGAGAUGGCAGAAUUCAGAGUGCAGAUCAAGUGCAUGUGGAACUCUGAAACGAGCGACUUUGAGAAGCUGGCUGAGGAAGAAGAGGAAGAGGCCAUGCAGGAUAAUGACACAGAGGAGGAAGAAGGGGGUGGGAAAUGAAUCUGGAUAGACUAAUGGACUUCUCAGACCUUAGGAUUUUAAUACUGUGUGACCUGUAUGUUUUAAUGUCUCAACCUUCAAGUGUUUCCUUUUGCCUAUGAAAUGCUAGAUUUCUGAGGCACAAAUUCACUGGUAUGUUACCCAUUGAAUCUUGUGAACAUACAUUUUGUGCUUUAUACAUCUUUUGUCAUCCACUCAAAUACAACAGUACAAACUAAAACA